UAGAAUUGUUGUAUUUGCAGCUUGUAUGCCGGUAGUGUCUCUGGCAAUAUUGACCGUGGAAUAUUUUGUUGAUCUUCGUAAAGAAGCAUCGUUUAAGGAUUUGAUUCCGUGCAAUCAGUUAACGUAUUGCAAGUCGCUCGAUUAUUUCUUUUAGCUAUCAUAGCAGUCUCAGUAACGACGACGGGGUGGCGGUAAUCACAGUCAGCUCUGAUAUCGAUACCAAGUAACGAUGGAGUGUUUAAUUGGCGUUCAAUGCGAUGACUUCGUGCUGCUUGCUUCGGAUGGCAGUGUUUCUUUCAGUAUAAUGAUGAUUAAGCAGGAUGAGUCGAAAAUCACCAAGCUGUCAGAUUCUCUCGCGAUGGCAGUCUCCGGCGAAGACGGCGACACUACACAAUUUGCUGAGUUUAUCGCCAAGAACAUCCAGUUAUACAAGAUGCGUAAUGGGUACGAAUUAAGUCCGGCAGCAGCGGCCACUUAUACACGAAGAAAUCUCGCUGAUUGUUUGCGUAGCCGAUCACCGUAUCAGGUAAACUUAUUGCUGGCUGGAUACGAUCAUGUGACGAAGAAGCCUGAACUUUAUUACAUGGACCAUUUAGCUGUUAUGGUAAAGGUGCCAUUUGCGGCACACGGUCACGGAUCGUUUUUCUCGUCGUCCAUUCUCGACACGGAAUAUAGGCCAAACAUGACUCUCUCAGAGGCUCAGAUUAUGUUGAAGAAAUGCGUAGCCGAAAUUCAGAGGCGUCUACUAGUGAAUCUACCGUGUUUCAAGGUCGUAGCCAUAACGAAGGAUGGUACUCAAGACUUACCCGAUAUCGCUGUUACACCAUUGAAGUAAUAAUACCCAAAAAUAUAAAAGCGACGGGUGGAUAAAGAAUUCAUGUGUUAACAGAGCUAAACUUUACUACUAUCCAUUACAUAAAAAUAAAAAAAUACAAACGUGGAUAAUAAACAGAUAUUUAUUUAUGGUGGAAGAUUUUAGCAUACGAAUUGUUAUCAUAUAUCGUAGUUCGUACUUCUAUUUGCGUGAAAAUGGCUAUAUAAAAGACUCGAGGUGAAUCAGUACGUAAUAAGCGAGGAUCAGUGAUAUCCUAUUUUUUUUAGCCCGUGAAAACUUUAAAGGUCUCAUCCUGUGUAUUAAAUUAAUUUGCUUUAGGAGCUUUUCGUGUACGAGUAUAACUAAAAUAUUCUAAAAAAUAUUAUAAGCACCAACUACUAUUCCCUCUUCAAUUAGCAUUGGCAAAAUCUAAUAUACAAAUUAAGUAUCAAGCUCAUUCACGUUCUGACGUGAAACGGCGCGUAUGCGGUGUUACUGUAUUCAGUAAGUGAAAAGAGAAUCAUUUGUGGACUAAAGAGUAAAACCAACUAAGGUAUCUAUAGAGAAUAUAUGGAUGUAACUCCAAUUCAGUUUGGUGCAUUUUUAGGGAAGUUAUAUUUAUUACUGAGGCAUUCUGUUAUGGGCUUUCUUGGUGCCGGACAGAAACCGUGGCUCAUGUUUGCACACAGUAUAAUUAACAGUAAAGUAAUACAUUGCCUGUCUAGGAUAAAGGUUCUGAGGACACUUAUUUAUAGCACAUAUGAUAAUUAAGAAAACGAAAACUUCAACGAACCCCCUGACCACUCGUUAUGAUAUUCUAUGAUUUUUUUUUAA